AUGGAUGCGCGUACGCAGUCUCGCGCUCUUCCGUGUGGAGUCUUUCCGCUCGCUCUCCUCUUGCUCUGUGCUUCUUCCUUCUUCGUCUGUUCCUCCGCUCUUUCCGCCUCGCUCAGGUGCAAGGGGCUCCACAGCCUGCACGUCUCGCCUGCGUGUGGAGCCUCCUCUUCGCCCUUUUGGUUUGACGUCGCUUCCGGGGCUGCUUUCUCUCCCGCGGAGGGCGCGUGUUGUCCGUCUUCCUCUUCUUACUUUUCUCUUGCUGCGUCCCUUUCGCCUUUCGCGUCUUUCCUUCCUUUGGCGUGCCAAGGAGCGCUCGGGCUUCGGCGGUCGAGCGCCUGUGGCCCUUUCGCCUUCCUCUCUUGGCCUGCGUUGUCUGCGAGCUCGCCCGUCCUGCUGAAUCCGUCUUUCCGCUGGUCAGCCGCGCGCGGGGUGUCUGCAGCUUCGCUUCGCCCGCUUUGCGCUCUCCCCUCACUCUCGCUCCACGCGCGUUCGCGUUCCCUUGCUGCGCGGCCUCUCCGCGCAUCGGCCGUUCCUCCGUGCUCAGUCUGCGCAGCGCCUGGCGCAGGGCUGCCGCUUCACUUCGCGGCGCCCGCGGACUCGCCGGUUGCGUCGUUGCCCGCGAGCCGCACUGCGGGACGCGCCAGGCGACUUGUGGGGGGGGUACGCGCGCGUCUGCUGGCUGAGGCCUGCGGAGGCGAGGCGCGAGCGGGCAGCGACCGGGAAGAAGGACGCGAGGAAGAGCGCGCGACAGCCGCGCGCGGAGCCGCGUUGCAGGGGGGACUGGCUGCCACAGACGCGGACAGCCAAGAGGCGGCGCGGCUCCACGCGCGCACGCCCGACGAGGCUCUUCCCUCGUCGCGCGAGGAGGAAGACGGAGACUACUGGACGGGCGCAGACGCCGAGGCGGAGGAGCUGAGUGCGCGUGCGGCUCGCAGGCACGUGGCCAAGCCAGAGCGUGGCGCAGUCGACGGCGAGGGAAGACAGGGCGCAAGAAGGCGGCGCUCAGACGGCGAGCAGGACGCUGCGUCUGCAGACGAGCCGACCGCCAGCGCAGGAUCUGCGACCCAGAGUGAAAGAGGGAAACCUGAGAAGACAGGCGCCGCGGCGGAGGCGAGCCCGGCGACGCCUGCCGAAGACGAGGAACGAAUGACGCUGCUCUUCCCAGAGGAAGAAGACGCGCGCCGACAGUCUGCCGAGGCUGCUGCCGCGGCGCGCCACGGGGCUCCGGCAGCGACCGGGCGGUGCUUCGCCUCCAUGCACCCCCGAAUUUCGCGAGAGACGGUUGAGCAGCUUGAGGCGCGAGGCAUCACCACCAUGACGCCUGUUCAGAGUGAGAGCUAUGAGAGCCUUUUCGACGGCCGCGACAUGAUCGCGCGCAGCGAAACAGGGAGCGGAAAGACGAUUGGCUUCGCGCUGCCUCUGAUGGAGCGUGAACAGCGCGAAAUGGAGAAGGAUUUUUCUGCAAAGGCAGACGCCGAGGACUCCGACAAGGAAGCGCGACGCCAUCGGAAAGACAGGGGCUUCUACGAGCAACCCCGAAUCCUCAUUCUCGAACCGACACGAGAGCUCGCACGGCAAGUCGCUGAGGAGGUCGUUCGCUUGGGCGGGCCCCUCAGCCUCACCUCGUUUUGUCUCUACGGAGGCGUGCCGGUCGAGUCGCAGCUGCGGCAGCUGCGGAGGGAGAAGAAAAAAGCGAUAGCGCUUGCUUUUGCGGCCGCUAGCGACGGCGACGAGCUUUUCGAAAGAGCCGAGAAACGAAACGCGCGCGACGGCAAAGACGACAGAGGCCGCCUCGAUGUCCUCGUCGCCACCCCAGGCCGGCUGCUUGACCUGAUGGGGCUGAAGGCGGACCGCGAGAUCUCACAGGACGACAUUGAUCUCUCCUCGGUGCGGCACGUGGUGCUGGAUGAGGCCGACGAGAUGCUGAAGCUCGGCUUCGCGGAGGACGUCGAAAAAAUUUUGAAAAAAGUGAAGGAAAACCCGUUCCCAGUUCAGACGAUUCUCUUUUCCGCCACAACGCCUGCUUGGGUGCAGGACGUCGCGGGCACUCACCUGAAGAGGCCGAAGCGCAUCGACGUCUUCGCAGAGAGAAAACUCAGGACAGCCUCCACAGUGUCGCAUCUAGCGGUGCGGCUGCCUGCCUCUUCGGCGCCUGCGCGCGGUCGGUUCGCAGCCUCAGCGACGCGCAGAGGCAACAGCUCGACGGUGUUGGCUGCGGCGCCGCUGCUGCAGGAUCUCAUUCUGGCUGAGUCUGAGAGCGGCAAGCAGGCGAUUAUCUUCGUCCCCACCAAGGCAGACGCGGACGCGCUCGCGAACGCGGCGGACUUUGAGAAAAUCGGCGCCGGCGUGCUGCACGGAGACAUCGGGCAGGAGACCCGACAGGCCGUCAUGGACGGCUUCAGAAGAGGCCGCUACAAAGUUCUCGUCGCCACCGACGUGGCUGCUCGAGGCAUUGACAUCGACAGCGUCGAUCUGGUGCUUCACUGCGGCGUUCCGGGCGACGCAGACACGUACAUCCACCGCAGCGGGCGCACAGGCCGAGCAGGUCGCACAGGAAAGUCUCUUGUCCUCGUCUCGCCGGAGGAAAUACAUGACUUGGAAAAACUCGAGCGAGCCUGCGGAUUCAAGUUUUCCUUCAUUUCGCUCCCUUCCCCGAAAGCCAUCCUCAAGUCCGGAGCUGCGAGCGCGAGCCGCCUGCUGGACUCCGUGUCGCCAGCAGUUCUCCCUUUCUUUCGACCGGCGGCUCAAGAUCUCCUUCGCCGCGGGGACCUCCACGGCGUCUCUCCAGUCGACGUCCUCUCGAGGGCGCUAGCCGUUGCGGCAAAUAUGAAGACGCUGCCGCAGCGGUCGCUGCUCACCGGGAUGGCUGGGCAAGCGACGGUGCGCUUCGCCAACCGACAGCGCGUCUGGAAAUCCACGAGCGACAUCUACUAUUGGAUUCGUGUCAUCGCGGAGGACUUGCGCGUGGAGCUUCCUCCCACGCUCGGUGACAUUCGGCGAAGUGCAACUGAGCGCCGAGUCGCCUACUUCGACCUUCCGCUGGAGACAAGCGACGCGUUCCUGAAGACCUUCCGAGACCGCGCACGCGCUGAGCAUUCGGCAGAAGUCGAGAUCGCGAAGGCCGAGAAGCUGCUUGGGCCUCUCGUCAAAGAGAACGACGAGGAGCAAAGUUUGUCGCAUUUUUAUUCGGGCAGUCGAGGCGGGCCGCUCGGCGGGAGACUUCGGCGAGGAGGCCACGACGACUUUUAUCGCGGUUCAAACCGAGGCCUCGGGAGUUCGCGAGACCGGCACGAGUCUGUGCGGGAGGGUCGCAUCAGGCGCCGAGGCUUCGGCAGCGACAGUUUAGGGCGCUAUGGAGGACCUGCUUGCUGA